AUUAGUUCCAAAUUUACGCUACGCGAUUGGCUGGAGCGGCCGAGCAGCCAGGGCUUUUCGAUUUUCCACCAGAUUCGGCUGUUUAAGGUUAGACAUUCUUGUAAGCAAUUUAUCAAAAUGACCAGCAAAACGAGCUUGGAACAGAUUAAAGCCAAUGCCCAAAAAACUAAGGACACCUUAGAGGCUGUGAAACAUGAGUUGGACUAUCUUAAUAAAGUUUACGAUGAUAUGCUUGCUAAACGUUUGCUGGAAGAAAAUGCCAAAUUGACACUUGCAGUGGAAGAGGCCAAGAAAAGACUCGGCCAACUAGAAGUUCAAAAAGGAAUCAAACAAAUACCAGUGCCCAAAUUCAAUGAAAAAACUGUUCUCUCUACACCUUCCAAUGCAGAUAUUGAAGUUCAAAGCAAUCCUGCCAAGGAAAUUGAGGCUCCAGCCAAGGAACAAAAAUCCAAGAAAGAAAAGAAACCUAAGGAGGAGAAGAAAGGAAAAGAACCAAAAGAAGCAGCCCCAGAACUUCCAUUUGAUAUUGGAAGAUUGGACUUACGGAUUGGUAAAGUGGAAGAUGUUCAAAGGCAUCCAGAUGCUGACUCACUUUAUGUGCUGAAAAUUAACUGUGGAGAAGAAAAAGCAAGGACUGUAUGUUCAGGACUUGUUAAGCAUGUUCCCAUUGAAGAACUAAGGGACAGAACUGUCAUUCUCUUAUGUAAUUUGAAACCAGUAAAAAUGCGCGGAAUAACAUCUGAAGCAAUGGUUAUGUGUGCAAGCAGUGAACAAGGUGUUGAAGUGCUAAUACCACCAAGUGGCUCUGCCCCAGGUGACUUGCUUUAUUGUGAAGGCUACACAAGACAGCCAGAUGCAGUUAUGAAUCCUAAGAAAAAGAUUUUUGAAACUGUGGCUCCAGAUCUGCACACCAAUGACCAGCUUCAAGCUUGUUACAAGGGAGUUCCUUGGAAAGUGGCUGAUAAAGGUUUUUGUCUCGCCAAAAGUCUCAAGAAUGUGCCAGUAAAAUAAAUUAUUUUUCUGUUUUUUGGUAUUUAAGGAUUAUUUAAUAAAACGAUUGAUAUAAACACUUUGA